CAAAGGUGUAAUGACACUGAGAGACGCGUUUCCUUGUAAACUGUGCCGAAAAACAACUGCACUGAGGAACAGGUAAUGUCCGAGGACAGAAAUAACAUAAUGUAAGUUAUUGCCCAACAUCUAUUUAAAAAAAAAAAAACUAAACUAUACAGUAUGCUACCCCACUCCCUCUAGCAUGUAAGCUCAUUGAGCAGGGUCCUCAACCCCUCUGUUCCUGUGUGUCCAACUUGUCUGGUUACAAAUACAUGUCUGUUAGUACACCCAUUGUGCAGCGCUGUGGAAUUUGUUGGCGCUAUAUAAAUAAUAAUAAUAAUAAUAAUAAUAAUAAAGGGUUAUAUUCCAGAUACAAUGUAUUAUUUCAAGGGUUAUAUUCCAGGUACAAUGUAUUUAUUUCAAGGGUUAUAUUCCAGGUACAAUGUAUGCCACCAUCCAGUUGUGAACUGCAUACUUGUACAUACAUUAAAUACAAUAUUUAAAUUUUUCUUCUAGAUGUAAUCCUUAUCCAGUCUCUCUGUGGCCAACAGGGCCACUCCUUGGACUAUUGAUGAUCAUGUAAUGUUUAAAAGCCACAUAUAACACAUACUCAACCAUUCCCUCGCAUACACAAUUAUUGUCGUAAGUGGCUUUUUGAAUAAAUAAAACGUGGUUUGUGCACUGUGUGUGUUUCUGUGUGUAAAACUUGUAAAUGCCCAUGACUGUGUAUUGUGUCAAUGUGCAGUGUCCAUGUGUAUCCUGGUCUCAUUGUCUGCAGAUUUCAGUUGUUAUGUGUGUGUACAAUGUCAGUGUUGCUGUAUGUUUGCAGUGUCCGUAUGCAUUCAUUCAGUGACAGACCCGUAAGGUGAGCCUUGAAGACCAACACUUGCAUAUUGCCAGAGAUGCUCACUGGAUGCAGGCAUAGGCAACCUUCGGCAUUCCAGAUGUUUUGGACUACACCUCCCUUGAUGCUUUGCCAGCAUUACAGUGUAAGAGCAUUAUGGUGGAUGUAGUCCACAACAUUUCGAGUGCCGAAGGUUACCUAUCCAUGCACUAGAGCAUAAUACUUCCCCACCAUCUUCCUCGCAACACCAAGAUAUGAAAUUGGUAUGGAGUAUUGGGUUAAAUAUGGACAUGCUAGCUUCAUAUUAUGCAUCACUGCUGGUCACACAGUGGGGAUUUAAGCUCGGCUCACAUCCAUGUUGUGUUUACAAGCAGCACUGCUGUACGUGCACUGAGAACAUGUUAUUGCAUGGGCAGAAAUACCUUGUAUUUGUCUCACUCAAUGCAAGCAUAUUUAAUAUUUAAUGACGCCCUUGUGCUGUCAUAUCUCAUGAUGGGAUUAGCAAAUCUGGAAAGCCCUGCUGGAUCUGGGAUGAUUUGUACAUUAUAUCUUAAAAAUCAGUGAGCUCUGCAUUCAUAUCCAUGACAAACUUCCAUUCAUUGCAGUGGAAGUCAUUAUUUAUCUAUGGCUCACAUGUGAGUGGUGGUCACAAUUUGCAAUGUAUCCACUAAUCAUCUCCUAUUCAUUUCCAUGGAGAUGGAUACAAAAUUGUAAAACUAGAGCAACCAUCUAUGAAAUAUUCACGCUAAUACUUUUGGUUUCCAUGAUCACUGGCCUGCAGUCCACCAGUUUUGGAAUAUAUAACACAAUUAAUAAUCUAUUAAUCAUCAUGCACAUUUGUUCAGUGGCAGCAAAUCGAUUGGCUGAGGGUACUCGGCAGCAUUUUGAUUGCACCAAUGUCAGAUAAGGUAAAGAAGACCCUGGAGACAAUCUCUUAGUGAGACACACAUUGGAUUCAAAUUCUUUUACCCACUCUCCUACGAAUCAAGGGCAUGGUUUUGUUUUCAAAUUGAAAAUGAAAAAUAGAUGUAAGACUUUCUUGCACUAACACUAUCAUGAUGUUACUGUGAUCUUUGUAUUUAAUUUCAGCUUUUUAAAUGGACUCAUUGUUGAAGGACAGCAUGCUUGCAAGCUUCGGUCAGCCUCCUAAAGGCAUUCCGUUACCUGAUCUGUUUGAAUCAUCAUCUUCUGGAAAAACAUCAUCUUCACCUUUGAAACUCUCAAAUUCUCAUUCGUAUGACAUACUUCAAGCACCAAAUAGUAAAGGUAAUAAAUGUAUACUAUAACUAUAUUAGUUCAGCAUGUAAUUUGGCUACUUGUAACUUCAUUAUUGUAAAAAGUUUAUAGGGCUAUUUGCACCCCAGACGUGACUUAAGUGGCCUGAAACUCUGUUACAGGCUGCCUAAUGUUAAUUAUGGGCUGUUGAUAGCAUGCACUGUGAGCUGGCAAGAGACAUAAUUGACUUCUACCCUUGCAGGGAGUGGCGGGAGCACGCCUGCAAGGGAAAAUCUAUAUCUCCCCUCCCUCCUAGCCUUUCCCACCUCCCUACAGCAUCUAACUUUUUUUUUUUUCUUUUACACCGGCCCUCUCCCUCUCACAAUCUCUUUACUACCCAGCUAAGUGCGUGCGCAGCCUGGGAGAAUGAUCCAGUCAAAUGGUUCUCUAGGAGCGCGUGCAUUAGGC